AUGGGGUGUUUAUUACUAUACUCUUCAUAUAUUCCAACUCCUUCCCUUCCCCACUCAUAAUAUACGUGUUGCUCUUCUCCCUUAUUUCCACUCCUGCCACCUUUGUUUUCUUCUAUUUCCAUAACCAAAAAUUUCAAUUCAAAAUGUGUGGAAUACUUGCUGUUCUUGGUUGCUCCGAUGACACUCAGGCCAAACGGUUCCGUGUUCUUGAGCUUUCACGCAGAUUGAAGCACCGUGGUCCAGACUGGAGUGGUCUCUACCAGCACGGUGACUGUUACUUAGCUCAUCAAAGGCUAGCCAUCAUUGACCCUGCUUCUGGGGACCAACCCCUCUUCAAUGAAGACAAAUCUGUUGUUGUUACAGUGAAUGGAGAGAUCUAUAACCAUGAGGAACUCAGGAGCCGUCUCCCCAACCACAAGUUCAGAACCGGAAGUGAUUGUGAUGUUAUUGCUCAUUUGUAUGAGGAGUUUGGGGAAGAUUUCGUUGACAUGCUUGAUGGGAUUUUCGCUUUCGUGUUGCUGGACACCCGAGACAACAGCUUCAUUGCUGCUCGUGAUGCUAUUGGAGUUACUCCUCUCUAUAUUGGAUGGGGACUAGAUGGAUCCAUUUGGAUAUCAUCUGAGAUGAAGGGCUUAAAUGAUGACUGUGAACAUUUUGAGGUCUUUCCUCCGGGUCAUUUGUACUCAAGCAAACAAGGUGGAUUCAGGCGUUGGUACAACCCACCAUGGUUCUCUGAGGCUGUUCCAUCAACCCCAUAUGAUCCACUUGUUCUUAGAAAGGCUUUUGAGGAUGCUGUUAUCAAAAGGUUGAUGACAGAUGUGCCUUUUGGUGUUCUACUCUCUGGUGGCUUGGAUUCAUCGCUAGUCGCCUCCAUCACUGCUAGACACUUAGCAGGCACCAAAGCUGCCAAGCAAUGGGGAACACAGCUCCAUUCUUUCUGUGUUGGUUUAGAGGGUUCCCCUGAUUUAAAGGCUGGAAGAGAAGUUGCAGACUAUUUGGGGACAGUUCACCAUGAGUUCCACUUUACCGUUCAGGAUGGAAUAGAUGCAAUUGAGGAUGUGAUUUUUCACAUUGAAACUUAUGAUGUUACCACAAUUCGUGCUGCUACACCGAUGUUUCUUAUGUCCAGGAAGAUCAAAUCUUUAGGUGUUAAAAUGGUGAUAUCUGGGGAAGGCUCUGAUGAGAUCUUUGGUGGCUACUUGUACUUCCAUAAGGCACCAAACAAGGAAGAGUUUCACCAAGAGACCUGCAGAAAGAUUAAGGCACUGCAUCAGUAUGACUGCUUGAGGGCCAACAAAGCAACAUCAGCCUGGGGUUUGGAAGCCAGAGUCCCAUUCCUAGACAAAGCAUUUAUCAACACUGCAAUGGCUAUUGAUCCUGAGGCUAAAAUGAUACACCCAGAAGAAGGAAGAAUUGAAAAGUGGGUGCUUAGAAGGGCCUUUGAUGAUGAGAAGCAACCCUAUCUGCCAAAGCAUAUCCUGUACAGGCAAAAAGAACAGUUUAGUGAUGGAGUUGGAUAUAGCUGGAUUGAUGGCCUUAAAGAUCAUGCUGCUAAACAUGUAACUGACAAGGUGAUGCAAAAUGCUGGAAAUAUCUUCCCACACAACACUCCCACCACAAAAGAAGCAUACUACUACCGAACCAUUUUCGAAAGGUUCUUCCCACAGAACUCAGCUCGGUUGACUGUGCCAGGGGGAGCAAGUGUUGCCUGCAGCACAGCGAAAGCCGUUGAGUGGGACGCUUCAUGGUCUAAAAAUCUCGAUCCAUCUGGCAGGGCCGCCCUUGGAGUCCAUGUUUCUGCUUAUGACAACUCUUCUGCUAAUAGUGGGGUGGUUCAACCUGUGAUCAUUAACGAUGUACCACAUAUUUCAGUGAGCACUCAUGGUGUUGAGAUCCUCAGCUAGUAAAAUCUUACACAUAAUGAUGCUAGAUGGAAUAAUACUACUACUAAUAAUAAUAAUGAUUUGUAAGUCUACUGAGGCUAGAAUUUAAGAUGAGUUCUUUCCUUCCUCUGCCUUGACUUGGCAUAUAUUAUCGUAUAGGCAGUAUGUAAAAAUUUGAGAGAGUAGUACUCUCUCUCUGCUAUGGUGACUUGAAAUAUAUAUGUUAUCCUUGUAUUGGUGUUCAUAAUAUAAGAAGUGACACUUUCUUUUGUUGUGGGUAU